AUGCAGGGAGAGCAUCCACACAUCAAGGCAAGGUCGGAGAUGUAUCCACGCUCAAAUGUCAGAAGGUUUCCUGUACCAGACGACAAAGUGCCGUGGAGUGUACCAUUCCCAGAGUACCAGCCAGUUUACUACACUUCCAAGUCUGUGCUUGACCAGCCAGCUUGGGCUGACAGAGAGGAUAUUUUAAAUGGCAGGGUUCCAGAGUGGAAUAAAGUUGAUGGUGCUAUUAACAGAUGCAGUCACAUGGGAAUUUAUACUCUGGAUCCAGAGACUAAACUUCCAAGAAAUCCAAUAGGAAGGACAGGUAUCAUAGGCCGUGGAUGUCUAGGCAGGUGGGGGCCCAAUCAUGCAGCUGAUCCGAUCGUCACCAGGUGGAAACUUGAUGAACAAGGCAAGCCUGAGCUGGAUGAGGAAGGAAAGAAAAUCGCUCAGUUUAUUUCAAUUAAGAGAGGAGACUGUAAUGAAUGGGCAAUUCCUGGGGGAAUGGUGGAUGCAGAAGAAGUGAUCACAUACACAAUGAGGAGAGAGUUUGGGGAAGAAGCUCUCAAUUCUAUGGAGGUUCCCGAGUGUGAGAAGGAGAAAAUUGCUUACUCUGUUGACAAGCUGUUUAAAAAUGGAGUGGAGGUUUACAGGGGUUAUGUGGACGACCCCAGAAACACAGAUAAUGCCUGGAUGGAGACGGUGGCUAUGAAUUUUCACGACGCUGAUGGGAGUGGAGUUGCCCAGUUCAAACUCACUGCAGGUGAUGAUGCUGUUGGAGUCCAGUGGCUGGAUCUACAUCAUGAGAUCAGCCUGUAUGCCAGCCAUAAAGACUUCCUGAAAAAGGUGGCCGAUCAUUUGAAGGCAAGCUGGUAA